GCGCGAGGCUUAACUCGUCCAAGACUUCAAGUGGAGGUGACAUCUUGCAGGAGAACCCACUCCACGUCACAGCAUAUCCAUGCCAUUCCUCCCCUCAACACCCGAGCCCAAAACACACUCAUUUUCAUCUUCGUGCACCCCCACCGGGACUGGGGAAAAGGAAGACAUGUCGAGAGGGGCAAGGGAGGAUGAUGGGGCGUCAGUGGGAUGGUCCAUAUCCAGAUCGGCGUCUACGAGGCACGACACGGCUGGCGCAAUAUCGCUGCUUUCCAGGUCUUUGGUAUUGUACACGGCCUGCUGCCGUCCUUGGAUCAUUAGAUGGUCCCAUGUUGCUCUCAAAUUAGAAUAAGAAUGCUGCUAGUGUAGCAGACACCCGCCGACCAGGCCGAUACCCUUUACCCCCGUCCGUCCC